CACGGGGAGAUGUAAUUAAUCCUCCAAAACACACAAACAAUAUACUCAUUAAGCAAAUAAUGAAGUUUAUUUAUUCACUUAUCAUUUCCUUCCUCCUUUUUGCUUUCAUCACCACCAAUCUUCCACUAGCUUUCUCAUAUGAUGAUGGUAGAUACAUAAUGGACUCAGAUAUGUGGCCCGUUCAUCCUGACGGUCAUUACGCCUUGAUACCAUCGUUUAUGGGCAUCAAUAUUGGAAGAGUAUAUCUAGGAAAAACUGGUGAUUCAACAUGUCCGGUUACUGUCUUAGAACAAGAUUUUACUAGUGAAAGAGGUAUACCAUUGAAAUUCAGCGUACCAGGAGACCCUUAUUAUGGUGAAAUUUUUACAGGUAAACCAGUUGAUAUCGAGUUCGUUAGGAAGCCUGAUUGUGUUGAAUCUUCAAAAUGGUUGAUAUUUGUUGAUAAUGUUAUUCAAAAAUCUUGUGUUGGUAUUGGUGGUCCAGAAAACUAUCCUGGUAUGCAAAUAUUGAAUGGUACGUUUCUUAUUCGGAGAAAUGGUGGUGGAGUUCGAUAUAUUUAUAAGUUUGUGUUUUGUGUUAAUGGAUCUACUACUAAUUGUUCGGAUAUUGGGUAUUAUAAGAUUGGUGAGAUGGGAGGACGAUUGAUUUUGAAUGCCAAACAAGCUUCUAGUUUUUUGUUUGUUGAGAAUUAUUCUUAUAAAGAUAAAGAUGGAAUUAUUAAGUCCGUUGCUUAAAUAUCGACUUUGCUAUCUAACUUGAUUAUGCAAGAUUUGGUCCUUUUCUAGUUUUGAUGAAUAUUGUACUUUUCCAAUGCAAGCUUUAAGUUGUAUUAAGUUUUUUUUUUUUUUUGAGAGGUUAAGUUGUAUUAAGUUGAAUAAAUAUAUUGUUGUUGUUGUUCA